CGUGCACACUUCCCCAGAGGCGUUUGAUUAACUCAGUUUAUUUGUAAACAGAAGCGGUUGACAUUUAAUAAUGGAGAGGCCAAUGUAAGUGGCAACCCUUCCGAAUCUUGCAGGCUUACAAAAUUAAAAGCUGGUGCCUGACAAUGAGGGGGAGGGUCCAUUAUUCGGGGACACUGCCUCCAUGGCAACAGCCACAAGAAGCUGUCAUGCGCUUGGCCAGCGGCUGUCUGCACCAUAGCAAGGGGCGCAGGUGCAGCCAGUUGGCUGCCGUGGUGGGCAGUGGCGGGCAAGUGGCGCACCUGUGGUCAUGCCCCCGACUUGCAGUUUCUCAGCCAGGGUUGGUGCCUGCGGCCCAGGCAGCCCCAGCCUUGCUUGUCAGUGUCACUGCUUGCCCGUGGCCGUGGUGACCUUCCCUGCCCCAGCAAGCGCGGUCACCGCAUACUUUCCUCCAAGCGGUGGUCUGAGCCUCAGGAGUCUGGCCCGCCUUCUGCAGGCAGGAGGGGCGGAACCGAGGUGCAAGGAGAGGCUGUGGAGUCUGUUAUCCACCCCGAGCCAGGCUGGGUGACCCGAGGGACGCCGUCCCUACACGGAGACCUCCUUCCCGGCUGUCCAGUUGCGCAGCCCUGAACACAGCCGGCACAGGAGGGGCAGCCCCUCACUCUGAAUGCUGUCCGUGUGACUCUGUUUGACCUCACAGGGCCCUGUGAUGUCACAGCUGACAGCGGGCCUGCCUGGCUCAGGUUCCAAGGAGCAGUGGACGGGAGCAGGUGGCCAGUUCCUAGGACGAAGAAGUAGUUUCUGCUUGGAGGACACUGAGCGGGGCGGGGUGGCUAAGGGGACAGGUGGGGCACUGUGCCAUCUUGACUUACAGGAGGGCCUGGGCGUGGCCCUCUGCUGCCCAACCUGCUGGGUGUCCUGCCUCUGACUGCCGUGUCCCCUGCCGACUGCGACCAUGAGAUACGAGCCAGAACCCAAGAAGUCCCCACCCCACCUGCUGCAGAAGUUCGCAGUGUGUGACAUCCCCCUGUACAACAUCUGUGACUACAACGUCUCCCGGGACCGCUGCAAGGAGCUGGGGUGCUGCUUCUACAAGAGCGUCUGCUAUGAGAAGGCUAUGCCGAUCUACGUGCACCUGUCCUCCAUCUUGCUCGUGGUCAUCAUCGUUGCCUUGGUCAUCGCUCUCGUUAACAAGAUAGUCCAAGAGAGGAGGAAGCAGAAGGAGGCUGUUGAGGAGACGCUGCCCCCUGAGUCCAGCAGUGAGCCCGUCGAAGAAUCCCUGGCACCAACCGGUGGCUCUGUCUCCAAGAAGAGCGACGAGGGCGCGGAGGAAGAGACUGUGAAGAAUAGACUAUAAAAAUUGCACCAAGGAGGUUAUUCUUUUUUUAUCGCCUGUCAAAUUAUUGCUGCGACGCCCAUGGCUGGUGGCGGAGCGUGCGAUCCUGCGCGGGCUGGCGAGGAGCGCCACGUGCGAGUCACGCAUUGAGCCGAG